CAGCUUCCACUCUCCAUCUGAACUCCUCUUCAGACAGUAGUUAUUGGAAGUGAUUUUCUGAGCAGCAGUGCAGAUAUGAGGGUGGCUAUUGUGGUCUUGUGUCUGAUGUGGCUUGGCUCGUGUGAGAGCCGCAGGCUGGGUCGCUGUGAUGUUGUCCGUAUCUUCAAGACACAAGGACUUGAUGGCUUUGAGGGAUUCUCACUUGGCAACUAUGUGUGCACGGCCUACUGGGAAAGCAGGUUUAAGACUCACCGAGUGCGUACGGCUGAUACCGGGAAAGACUAUGGGAUUUUCCAGAUAAAUAGUUUCAAAUGGUGCGAUGAUGGCACUCCAGGUGGAAAGAACAAGUGCAACAUUCCCUGUUCAGAUUUGCUUCAGGAUGACCUGAAAGCUUCAGUUGCAUGUGCAAAGAUCAUUGUGAAAGCCGAAGGACUGAAAGCAUGGGACACCUGGGAUAGCUACUGUAAUGGGCGUAAGAUGUCACGCUGGUUGAGAGGUUGUGGGGAUCACAAAUAAGACCUUGAUUGCCUGCAGGAGUUUUAAUUAGCUACAAUGCUCUCAGAUUAUGUACUAAUGCAUUGCUUUUGGUUAAUAUGACUUUUAAAGCUAAAAGACGUUGUCUUUAUUAACAUUUGUAACCUUGAUGUAUAAUAAAACAUCUGCCCAAAUUGUUAAUCAUUUGUGCUUUGCAGUGCUUUUUAAUUUCACUUUUGGCUAAAGCUUAUGCAGCAGCAAAUUGUUACAGAUGCAUUGUUUGAUGCUAGAUAGUAGCGGUAGGCUUCUAUUAAAAUUGGUUUUAUUCAAAAUUAAAUAAUCUGUUAUUGAAAACCCACGUUGAUUAAACAGUACUCUGAAUA